AUGGCGUUAUCAAGACGAAAUAUUAUGGGCGAAAAUCUUUUUUGUGUAUGGUGCGAGACCAGUGAUGAAUCUAUAGAACACGUUCUCACAGGUUGUCCGGUUUCAGCUGGUGUUUGGAAUGCUAUUACUAAUUGGUGCAGGAUACCAGGUAUGUUCGUAUUUCAUGUUAAGGAUUUAGUGGAGUUUCACGAGCACUGCGGUGUGUCUGGUAUAUACAAGACGGUUAUUCAUGGGAUUAUUAUUAUUGCGUGCUGGAGGAUGUGGAAGGCGAGGAACGAUAAAGUCUUUGCUAAUAAAGAUACUAGUGUCGCAGAGAUGGUAGCGGAUAUCAAGUCUUUGGGUUUUUUGUGUUAUAAACAUAGAUUAAAACAAGGAGUGGUAGACUGGGAUAGUCGGAUAGAUGGAUCAAAUUUAAUCUGA